AUGAUCGAGGGCCGACGACCGUGGGGCUCGCGGGGUGAAAUCUGGACCGACCUUCCCAGCGCGACACACGCGCUCAUCCUAUCCAAAUGCGGAUGCGACCGACGCGUCCCGAUCGAAUCCCACCCGCCCUGGUGCUCCGCGCCUCCCCAGUGCGGCACUGGACGCCAACGUCAUCAAAAAAGCUGUUUGCCGAACGGGCAAGAACCAAUAAAAAAUCCUGACGCAAAGGAGGAUCGUGAUUGGUCGAGACUCUCGCGAGCUGGCGAUGUCUCGCCAAGCAAGCAAGAGGCUAAUUUCGGAGGUCGUCGAGGGUUUGGGCCUUUCGUGCACUUUUCCCGAAAAACUGCUCCAUGUUGCCCACAGCGUUCCGCGUUGAACAUGGCAAUCGACUGGAGCAAGAUCGACAAGAAGUCGCUCGCCGUCCUCAUCGGCCUGUGCAUCCUCUUCAAUUGGCUCAACAAGAAGCUCGUGCCGUGGAUGGAAUCGAGUUGGAAGUGGAGGGCCGAAUUGAAGGCGAACGCCGAUAAAGUCCGGGCGGACUGGGACGCCGCAGCGGAGGCUGAGUUCGCGUCGGAGACCAAGGGCAAGAAGAAGAGGGAGGGCAAGAAGAAGAAGUAG